AUGUUCUUGGCGAAAUUUCCCUUGGGGCAUAAAGGCUCUUCCGUGACCAUCGAGGGCGCAGAACCUACGGGGAAUAACCAUCCUUCUAGUGGGAGAGAUUUGAUUUCGUCGAUUAAUUCCGAUGGAGCAACGGAGUCGCAAUCUGGAUCCCAUACAAGCGCAUUACGUGGUGGAAUUGUCUCAGGCGACUGGGUGGUCUCCGAUUACCAAAGCGGGCAUACACUUGACAGUUGGGAGUUUUUUUGCCUAGACAUGCAAGUGCGCACUGAGAUUGAUCUCUAG